AGGCCGCCGCCGCUGACAGGAAUCGAGGGCGGCCCCGCGACGACCGCCCUCCGCCCGUCCUCCGGAGCGCGGGAACGAGCCCCGGGGGCCCAAGCCUCCGCCCCGACGCGCCCCCGCCCUCAGGUUCUCUGAUGGAUGGAGCGAGGCACUUAUCAUUUAGAAACUUCGGCCCCUUCUAGAUUUAAAGUCUCGGAGGUGCGCGGGCCCCGGUAGCGCCACCAUGUUUCGAAAUAGCCUCAAGAUGUUGCUUACCGGUGGGAAAUCGAAUCGAAAAAACAGGUCCAGCGACGGAGGGAGCGAGGAACCACCAGACCGGAGACAGUCAAGUGUAGACUCUCGGCAGAGCCGCUCUGGGCAAGGUGGCACCUCCACGGAGAGCGACUGUGCUUUUGAGCCCGACUAUGCUAUCCCGCCGCUCCCGGUGAGCGAAGGUGUGCAGCACAUUCGGAUUAUGGAGGGCGCGUCCCGCUCUCUCCCAUCCUCCCCCUUACUCGCCCAUCAGUCUGUCGGUGUGCGGCUCCAGCCCGUGAGGAAGUUGACUGGGGAUGCGGAACAGGAGCUCGGCCCCCCGCCAUCCGUAGAUGAGGCGGCAAACACACUCAUGACUCGCCUGGGCUUCCUCCUCGGAGAGAAAGUCGCGGACGUCCAGCCGGGGCCCCAGUACAGCAUGGAGGUGCAGGAUGAGGCUCAGACGUCAGCGGUGAGCCAGAGGAUCAGCCCCUGCUCCACCCUGACCAGCAGCACCGCCUCCCCGCCGGCCAGCAGCCCCUGCUCCACCCUGCCGCCGGCCGGGACCAAUGCGGCCGCCAAGGACUGCACCUUCGGAGCCGUCACCAGCCCCACCUCCACCCUCGAGAGCAGAGACAGCGGCAUCAUCGCUACUCUGACCAGCUAUUCCGAAAACGUGGAGCGCACAAAGUACGGAGGAGAGAGCAGUAAAGACUUAGGAUCUGCGGGAAACCUGAAACCUUGGCAGUCUCAGAAAUCCAGCAUGGACUCGUGCUUGUACCGCGUGGACGAAAACAUGACCGCCUCCACCUACAGUCUGAACAAGAUCCCGGAGCGGAACCUGGACACGGUCCUGUCGCAGUCUGUUCAGUCCAUCCCGCUGUACCUGAUGCCCCGCCCAAAUUCGGUAGCAGCUACCAGCUCUGCCCACUUAGAGGACCUGGCUUACCUGGAUGAGCAGAGACACACUCCUUUGCGGACUUCUCUCCGAAUGCCGAGGCAGAGCGUGGGCAGUGCCCGCACCCAGCAGGACCUGCGAGUUCGAUUCGCCCCGUACCGGCCUCCGGACAUCUCCCUGAAGCCUCUGCUCUUCGAAGUGCCCAGCAUCACCACCGAGUCCGUGUUUGUGGGCCGCGACUGGGUGUUCCACGAGAUAGACGCCCAGCUGCAGAGCACCAACGCCAGCGUGAACCAAGGGGUGGUGAUCGUGGGCAACAUCGGCUUCGGCAAAACCGCUAUCGUCUCCAGGCUGGUGGCCCUCAGCUGCCACGGCACGCGGAUGAGACAGAUCGCUUCCGACAGUCCUCAUGCCUCCCCAAAACAUGUAGAUUCCAGCCGGGACCCCUCUCUCACGCAACCGCCUUCGGCCCAUUCGUCCGUCACCAGCGGGAGCUGCCCCGGAACCCCGGAAAUGCGACGGCGCCAAGAGGAGGCCAUGCGGAGACUUGCCUCACAGGUGGUCGCCUACCACUACUGCCAGGCAGACAACGCCUAUACCUGCCUGGUGCCGGAGUUCGUCCACAACGUCGCCGCGCUGCUGUGCCGCUCCCCGCAGCUCGUCGCCUACCGGGAGCAGCUGCUGCGGGAGCCCCACCUGCAGAGCACGCUCAGCCUGCGCUCCUGUGUGCAGGACCCCACCACCUCCUUCCGCCGAGGGGUCCUCGAGCCCCUGGAGAACCUCCACAAAGAAAGGAAAAUCCCAGAUGAGGAUUUCAUCAUCCUAAUUGACGGACUGAACGAAGCUGAGUUUCACAAACCAGAUUACGGGGACACGAUAGUGUCUUUUCUGAGCAAGAUGAUUGGGAAAUUCCCGUCUUGGCUCAAGCUGAUCGUGACGGUCAGGACAAGUUUACAGGAGAUUACCAAGUUGCUGCCUUUCCAUAGGAUCUUCCUGGACCGACUGGAAGAGAACGAAGCCAUCGACCAGGACCUCCAGGCUUACAUCCUCCACCGGAUACACAGCAGCUCAGAGAUCCAGAACAACAUCUCCCUCAAUGGCAAAAUGGACAACACCACCUUUGGCAAACUCAGUUCUCAUCUCAAGACCCUCAGCCAAGGGUCCUAUCUGUACCUGAAACUGACCUUUGACCUCAUAGAGAAGGGUUACCUGGUCCUGAAGAGUUCUAGCUACAAAGUGGUCCCCGUGUCCCUCUCGGAAGUGUACCUCCUGCAGUGCAAUAUGAAGUUCCCCACCCAGUCUUCCUUCGACCGGGUGAUGCCGCUCCUGAACGUGGCGGUGGCCUCGCUGCACCCCCUGACGGAUGAGCACAUCUUCCAGGCCAUCAACGCGGGCAGCCUCACGGGCACCCUGGAGUGGGAGGACUUCCAGCAGAGGAUGGAGAACCUCUCCAUGUUCCUCAUCAAGCGCAGGGACAUGACGCGCAUGUUUGUGCACCCGUCUUUCCGGGAGUGGCUCGUAUGGAGGGAGGAAGGGGAAAAGACCAAGUUUCUGUGUGACCCCAGGAGUGGCCACACGCUACUUGCCUUCUGGUUUUCCCGCCAAGAGGGCAAGCUGAACCGACAGCAGACUAUUGAGCUUGGACACCACAUCCUCAAAGCGCACAUAUUUAAGGGUCUGAGCAAAAAGGUCGGGGUGUCAUCCUCCAUCCUGCAAGGUCUGUGGAUCUCCUACAGCACCGAAGGGCUUUCCAUGGCACUGGCAUCGUUAAGGAAUCUCUACACCCCCAACAUAAAGGUCAGCCGACUGCUGAUUUUAGGAGGGGCCAACAUCAAUUACCGGACAGAAGUUCUAAACAACGCCCCGAUCCUGUGUGUCCAGUCGCACCUGGGCUAUACGGAGAUGGUCGCUCUGCUGCUGGAGUUUGGAGCCAAUGUGGACGCCACUUCAGAGAGCGGCCUGACUCCGCUCGGGUACGCCGCCGCGGCCGGCUACCUGAGCAUCGUCGUGCUGCUGUGCAAGAAGCGGGCCAAGGUGGAUCAUUUAGACAAGAAUGGGCAGUGUGCUCUGGUCCAUGCGGCGCUCAGAGGCCACCUGGAGGUGGUCAAAUUCUUGAUCCAGUGUGACUGGACCAUGUCCGGGCAGCAGCAGGGCGUAUUUAAGAAGAGCCAGGCCAUCCAGCAGGCUCUCAUCGCUGCGGCCAGCAUGGGCUACACAGAGAUUGUCUCCUACCUGCUCGAUCUGCCAGAAAAAGAUGAAGAGGAAGUGGAACGAGCCCAGAUCAACAGCUUUGACAGCCUCUGGGGGGAAACAGCCCUGACAGCAGCGGCCGGAAGGGGCAAGCUGGAGGUGUGUCGCCUGCUUCUGGAGCAAGGAGCCGCGGUGGCCCAGCCAAACCGGCGGGGGGCUGUCCCGCUGUUCAGCACCGUGCGGCAAGGCCACUGGCAGAUCGUCGACCUCCUCCUCACCCACGGGGCUGAUGUCAACAUGGCCGACAAGCAAGGCCGCACCCCCCUAAUGAUGGCGGCUUCCGAGGGACAUUCGGGGACGGUGGACUUUUUACUGGCGCAAGGAGCCUCCAUUGCGCUGAUGGACAAGGAAGGGCUGACGGCCCUGAGCUGGGCGUGCCUCAAGGGCCACCUGUCGGCGGUGUGCUCCCUUGUGGAGAACGGAGCGGCCACGGACCACGCCGACAAGAACGGCCGCACUCCAUUGGACCUGGCGGCAUUCUACGGGGACGCCGCAGUGGUCCAGUUUCUGGUGGAUCACGGAGCCAUGAUCGAGCACGUCGACUACAGUGGGAUGCGUCCGCUGGACCGGGCAGUGGGCUGCCGCAACACUUCCGUCGUCGUCACCCUUCUGAAGAAAGGAGCCAAGAUAGGUCCAGCUACGUGGGCGAUGGCCACCUCCAAGCCUGACAUCAUGAUCAUCCUGUUGAGCAAGCUGAUGGAGGAGGGAGACAUGUUCUAUAAGAAGGGAAAAGUGAAGGAAGCUGCCCAGCGCUACCAGUAUGCCCUGAAGAAAUUCCCCCGGGAGGGCUUCGGUGAGGAUCUCAAGACUUUCCGGGAGCUAAAGGUGUCCCUUCUCCUCAACCUCUCCCGAUGCCGCAGGAAAAUGAACGAUUUUGGAAUGGCGGAGGAAUUUGCUACUAAAGCCCUGGAGCUGAAACCGAAAUCUUAUGAAGCUUACUAUGCAAGAGCGAGGGCAAAACGCAGCAGCAGCAGGCAGUUUUCAGCAGCGUUGGAGGACCUGAACGAGGCCAUCAAGCUGUGCCCGAACAACCGUGAGAUUCAGCGGUUGCUAAUGAGAGUGGAGGAGGAAUGUAGGCAGAUGCAGCAGCAGCAGCAGCAACAGCAGCAGCAGCCGUUGCCCGUGGAAACCGAGCCCGAACCCCAGCCUGAAGAUCUCUACUCCGUCCAAGACCUCUUCGAAGAGGAGUAUCUGGACCAGGAUGUGGAAAACGUUUCCGUCGGCCUGCAGACCGAGCCGCGGCCCAGCCAGGGGCUGCCCAUCCUCCAGAGCCCCCCGUCUUCUCCCGCCCACCGGGAUUCGGCCUAUCUCUCGGGCUCCCCCAUCGGGUCCCACCAGGCGUUCGACUUCCGUUCCAAUAGCUCGGUCGGCUCUCCCACCCGGCAGGGCUACCAGCCCACCUCCCCCGCGCUCUCCCCGACCCACCAGAACUCGCACUACCGGCCGAGUCCUCCCCACACCUCGCCGGCCCAUCAGAGCGGGUCCUACCGCUUCAGCCCGCCGCCGGCGGGCGGCCAGGGGAAGGACUACCCGAGCCCGCCCCCCUCGCCUCUCCGGCGGGGCCCCCAGUACCGGGCCAGCCCCCCGGCGGAGAGCAUGAGCGUCUACAGGCCGCAGUCCGGCUCCCCCGGGAGGUACCAGCAAGAGGCCGGCCCCAGCCAGCUGGCCGGUCGGCCCAAGUCUCCGCUGUCCAAGAUGGCCCAGAGGCCCUACCAGAUGCCCCCGCUUCCGGUCGCCGUGCCCCAGCCGGGGCUCCGGCUGCAGCCCGCCAAGGCCCAGAUCGUCCGGAGCAACCAGCCGAGCUCGGCCGUGCACUCGAGCGCCGUCCUGCCCGGCGGGGCCUACGGCCAGAGGGCCCACUCUAUGGCCGGCAAGUACCCGGGGGCCGCCCAGGGGGAGCCGGCGGGAAGCCAGAGCCGGCUGGUCUACCAGGGCUCCAUGGGGGGGAUCAUCGGGGACGGGCGGCCCACGCAGCACGUGCAGGCCAGCCUGAGCGCCGGGGCCAUCUGCCAGCACGGCGGGCUGGCCAAGGAAGACCUGCCCCCGCGGCCCUCCUCGGCCUACCGCGGGGGCAUGAGGUACAGCCAGACCCCGCAGAUCGGCCGCAGCCAGUCGGCGUCCUACUACCCGGUGUGCCACUCCAAGCUGGAGCUGGAGCGCGCCACCGACAUGGCCCACCUGAUCAGGAGGCCCGUGGCGGUGGCGGCCGUGGCGGCCGCGGCGGCGGCGGCCAACCCCGGUGACGCCAAGCCCCACCCGCCGACCCCCCGGCCGCUCUUGCACUCACAGAGCGUGGGCCUGCGCUUCUCGCCGUCCAGCAACAGCCUCUCCUCCUCCUCCGGCUCCGGGCUGGCCCCCACCUUCCGCCCGUCCUCCUCCUCCUCUUCCUCCUCCUCCUCCGGCCAGCAGAUGGACAUCCCGCUCAAGCCCGCCUACGACAGAGCCUGUGACGAGCUCUCUCCGGUCUCUCCCACCCAGGGGGGCUACCCCAGCGAGCCCGCCCGGUCCCGGGCCACGCCGUUCAUGGGCAUCAUAGACAAAACGGCCCGGACUCAGCAGUACCCCCACCUCCACCAGCAGACCCGCACCUGGGCCGUGUCUUCGGUGGAUUCGGUCAUCAGCCCGACCUCCCCGGGCGGCCUGCCCCAGCCCGAGUCCUUCAGCCCCCCGUCUUCGAUCGGCAACAUCGCCUUCUACAACAAAACCAACAACGCCCAGAACGGCCACCUGCUCGAGGACGACUACUACGGCCCCCACGGGCUGCUGGCCAACGGGUCCCGCGGGGACCUCCUGGAGCGGGUCGGCCAGGCGGCCUCGGCCUACCCCGACGUCAAGGUGGCCAGGACACUGCCCGUGGCCCAGGCCUACCCGGACAACCUGUACCGGCAGCUCUCCAGAGACUCGCGGCCUGGCCAGACGUCCCCCAUCAAACCAAAGAGACCGUUUGUGGAGUCUAAUGUGUGAGAGACCUUUGUUGCGGUGAGACCGUCUGUUUUCAGCACACCUUUCCGGGCUUGAUUUCCACCUCUGGGGGAGUUCUCACGGACUGUCUGUGUGGUGUUCGGAGACGGCCGGGCCCCUGCUGGAAAACCCUUUGCAUGCAGCUGACCGGGAAGCCGGCCUCAGACGGCCGCCAGCGUCGCUGGGUCCCCUUCCCGGAAUCCCCCCCACCCGCCGAGGGCUCGCAGGCCUGCGCGCUCUCUCUCUUUCUUUCUCUCUGUCUCCCUCUCUCUCUUCCUCCCUUCCCCAGCCCUCUCCCUCUCUCCCCCUCCCGCUCACCCUCUUCCUCUGUCUCUCCAGCUGCCACCUAGCUUUCCAUACAGUAGAAUUUAGCCCGGUUAGACAGCAGACAUCCCAGUGAGAGGAGGAUGGACUGGCUUGUUCCCGGAGACGAUUAUUGCGCACACUGAGAUCACUCCUGUUCUCGUUGGGUGUAUACCUCUUUCUCCUUUUUUGGUUUUUCUUUUCUACGAGAGAUCCGCGUUCAUUUCCUCUCGGAGUUCUCCAGAGAGGGUUGCCCCUCGACCUUUGCGGUCAUAUCCGAUGUCUCCCCCACCGCACCCGCCCGAUGCCCUGGUGGUUCUGAAAAAGCAACCCUUCCCGUCCCUUGCCCCUCCCCCAGAAGCCGGUUCUGGAGAGCUAGAAUCGCUUGCGGGAUGGAAGAAGAGGGUACUGUUAAAUGAGGGGAGCAAGCCUAAGGUGGAGGGGCCUUUCCGGGAGUCGUUCCGGAAACAUUUGGACCAGUAGUCCCUUUAACCGGAUCAGCCAGGCCGGGGACCGGACCCCACUUCUGACCCCAGGAUGGCCAGGCCCAGCGGCCCAUGAAGUCUGGGUGGGUCAGCACGGGUCCGGGACGGGGCAGGUAGCCGGAGGGGCCGCCGGCCGUGGGGAAGCAGCUUGGCGAGAGGCUGUUUCCGUGCCCUCCCUGACCUGGGCAGUCCCCUCCGCCCCAGCCUGGCCCCUGGGCGGUGGACCCCCUGCGGACCGCUAGCACUGGCCGAGCUCCCAUUUGUGGCCGGGGAGAGGGGGUUCGGGCCGGGAACGGGAAGAGAGCCGGCCGAGCCUCUCCCCGGGAGGCAGCCCACCUCCCAACGGCCACCGGAACAGGAGAGGGCCCGACGGCCUCCCGGGAGCCUCUGACGUCUCGGGGAGCGGGCCGCUCCCAGAGUGAGGCUGGCGGGCUGGGGGUCCGGGCACCUCGCCGCUCCCUGGGGCUGGAGGGGAACAGGAAAGGGCGGGAAAAGGAGCAAGGUUCCUGGAAGCUGCGAGAUCCGUUCCUGACGUCUCCAGGCGGGUUCUGCUGGGUGCCAGACCUGUUGAUCCCCCGUGAGCAUUUUGACUCCUCUUAUGCUGAGAGUUUCAAAGCUGGUGAUUCGGUUUGGGCCCUGGAUUUCAGGAGUGCUUUUACCAUUUCUGGGAAUUUUUGCUGUGGGAUUUCUUUUCUCUCUGCUUUUUAGUCAGACCCACUGAUAUGAAGACAAGGCCUCUUCUAGUUCGGGUCUGGGGACAGGGCCGGGACCAGGGGCAGAGGCGAGGGCAGGACCGCUCUGUUGGAUCAUUUUCCACUUCUCAAAGAUGUCGUCUCCUGACAUACUGACGCAGUUCUGUUUCUCAGUGCCUCCGGGCCCCUGCUGGGCAGCGACGCUGAGGUGUGUUGGAACUAAAGCCAAGUCGGGAUGUCCUGUUAACUUCUGGAGCUAAACAACAGAAAAGGAGGCCUACGCUGCCAGGAGAAAGUUGGCUUUUGUUUAUGAAGGGCUGCUGGAACCUGGUUGUAGCGAGGGGCAGACUUACUGACCGAAGGGCCAGCCGUGCCCAAAUCUCCCUUGGGGAAGAGGUACAGGGCGGCUGCCCGGGGCUUGGGGGGGCUCUUGGCUUCUGCCUUUGCCACUGCCUGGCAGAAACCCAUGCCCAAGGAUGAUGCCAGGACAGGGUCACUCUGCGGCGUGGAGACUGCCAUUUUGGCCUGUGCCCCAAGUUUCCGCCUCAGAAACUUGUAGGAGACUGACCCAUCUCGCCCACAGCCGGGCCGAAAGGGGCAUCGAGCUUCCGGGGGGCGUUCGUUCUCUUUAGUUUGAGGGUCACAGAGGUGAUGCAAUCUGAAAAUCUCAGUGCAAAGCUAUAAACCCACGAGGGACUCAGGCUCCUUUUCCCCAUCCUGCUGGGGGAGGGUCACCCCGUGUGGAGCCUCUUUCCACCUCACCCCUGCUGAGGGGUUGGGAUUCCAUCAUUAGUACUUAUUGUCUACUCUGUGCAGAGCACUGUACUGAGCGCCUAGAA